AUGCCUCUGCCGCAGCCCGACCUGCCAGAGCCAGCGCAUCCUGAGGUCGACAGUAUGCUUUCGAGGAAGUUUGGUAAGGAGAUUGCGAACUACUUCUCUGGCUCCCCUCUAAACCGCGUAUCCUUCCUCCGCCCAGACCACGCCUUCCUCUCUCAAGCAAUCCGACACCCCACCACUAAAGUCCUGCUGUUCAACAAACUCGAACCUCUCGUUAACUCGUCCACAUCCAUAGCGACAGCUAGCUUCGCCGAUGUCACCUCUAUCGUCGGCGUAGACCCAUUCUCUAGAACCGAAGAGGAUACGAUUGCGGAGUACAACUCGAGUGUUUAUGUCCCCCAGAUAAUAUUUCUGGGACUGGAUGAGAGGUCCGAGGGUCUGGUGUACAAAGAACAUUACAAGGGCGUACCUUGGUUCGCGGUCGAUGUCACGCCAAAAGGCAGUGUGACGGAGGAGUGUGAGAAGCUGAUCAACAAAGUGACGGCGAAUGGAAAGGAGUUCAGCAAGGGGCGGAUGCAUUUGAGCUUGCCUGCGCAGGAAGCUGCAAUUUAUGCCGAAGCACGACACCUGCUUGACUGGAACGCGAGGAAUCCAUACUGCGCCGCCUGCGGAUACCCCACGCUCUCAAUUAAUGCAGGUUUCAAGCGAACUUGCCCGCCGAAAGACAUUGCGCCCGCUGUGCAGAACCCGGAGCGACCGCCCUGCGCAACCAGAACCGGUAUCUCAAAUUUGUGCUUUCCUCGAACGGACCCCACUGUCAUCAUGGCAGUCGUUUCCGCAGACGGUCAGCGCAUGCUACUUGGUCGCCAGAAGCGCUGGCCACCGUACUGGUACAGCACGCUUGCCGGCUUCCUUGAGCCUGCUGAAUCUGUGGAAGAAGCCGUGCGUCGCGAAGUGUGGGAAGAGAGCGGAGUCCAUCUCGGGCGUGUGGUAAUCCAUUCGACUCAACCAUGGCCAUAUCCUGCGAAUUUGAUGAUUGGUGCGAUCGGCCAGGCCAUCCCAGGAGGGGAAGACAUUCACCUCGGACAUGACGCGGAACUGGAAGAUGCGAAGUGGUUCACUGCCGAAGAGCUGAGAGAAGCGCUGAGGGUGGGUACGAGUGGCUUGGGAGAAGAGGCUGGAUCGGAAUACAAGGAGGGCGGGUUGCGUGUACCGCCUCAAACAGCUAUUGCGAAUCAAUUGAUGACCGCUGUGGUCAAUGGAUUCGCCAGCGGGAACCCGAUGAUAUAG